AUGAAUUCAGACAAGAAACACAAGAAACAAAGACUUAAUUCUGCGAUCACAAAAUACCAAUCAGGCAAUUAUCAAGAAGCCUUUUCCGAUUUAAAAAAUUUAUUGGAUGAAAUUUAUCCGCAAGAAGAAGGUCUAAUUAAAAUCUACGGUCAAGCUACAUAUUAUUUAGCACUUUGUUCUAUGCAAGGAAAAAAAGAUAGAGAGUAUACUUUAAAAAUCGCAAAUCAUUUACGCGAUAAUAAAUUAUAUGAGGAUGCUUGGAAUAUUUACAGAGAAUUAACUAAAGAUGAUGAGGUGAAAUUGAUAGCAUUAGUUUAUAUGGCAGAGUGCUUUAAAGAACUCAUUCACAAAGAAGAACUUGCUUUUAAAAUAGCUUUAGAACUUUAUAGUAAAAAAAAAUAUAAAGAAUCAUUUGAUAUUUUUUACAAACUUAGUUUAAGUAAAAAUGAUGAAAUUAAAUUUCUUGCCACAUGUUUUAUAGCAUCUUACCAUAUUUCUGGAUAUAAUAAUAUCAAAAAGGAUAAAGAACUAGCUCUUAAUGAGAUAUAUAACUUUGAUAAAAAAAGUGGAGUGAGUCAACAGAAAUCUCGACCUGAUCUAAUCUAA